AUGGCUAAGGCCCUCAGCGAUGGAGGGGCCUCGCUCCAAAGUGAUUCCAUCGAGGGGGCGGAGACGGAGAUUGAAGACCUCUUGGUUGAGCCAGCGCAUUGGUUUGCGCCUGGGGGCUUUGAGGAUCCGCAUGGCGAGAUAUGUGAUAACACCGUGGAUGGGCUUCAAGAGGCAGCGUUGCGCGGAGAUCUGUGCCUUCUGCGCAAGUACAUCCGCACUGGAUCGACUCCACCAGUGAAUGCCCCACUGCAUGUGGCGCGUGGGGAUGAAUACCUCACUUUGCUGCAUGUCAUUGCAAGCAAGCCAGGCUUGCCAAACAGUGCUCAAAUCUUGGUGCAGCUGAUCAAAGCCAAUGCCAACCCCAACGCGCGGAGCACUUUGGGCUCCACCCCGCUGAUGUUUGCGUGUUUCCACAAGAACGUCCAGAUUGCAGAGGUGCUGCUGGAGAACGAGGCUGAUCCUGACGCUGUUGAUGAUCACGGCAAGACAGCCCUCAGAUACGCUGUUUCCUUGGAGAUGAAGGGCAUUGGGGAAACGGAGGCUGCCAAACGCAGUGCGCAGCUUGCUGAUAUCUUGGAGGCGCAAGGAAGCGAUCUUGAUCAUGGCGGUUUGCGAUCGCCAAUGGCAGAGGCUGUCAUCCAAGACAACCGAGAUGCCAUGACUCGACUCUUGGAACUGGGCGCAUCGUCAGAUGGCUUGGUCUAUGCCCUGGCAGAGAAGUCUGAGCUGGUGAUUAAGGAACUGAUCUCCGGCGGGGCGAAUCCCUUCGUCAAAAACGAGGAUGGCCUGAGUUGCUUGGAUGUGGCGCACGAGCGUGGCAGCGAGGAGAUCAUGGAGCUGCUUCAGGACUACAUCGUCGAAACGGAGAGGUCUCGCAGUCAGCAUCUCAAGAUGAAACCGUUCGGAGCAGAAGAUCCUCACUGGACCACCAAGGGCUUGGAGCAUUGCCAGUGGCUCAUCAGCGGCUGCUGGGAGUCAAGGAAGGAUGAGGAGGUGGACAACGUCAUCUCAGCCCAGCUAAAGGAGAUUGUCAUCAAAGACAUGGGGAUCAGCCCCCAGCGGGGCACUGAUGGCAUGCAGCUCUGUCGCUACCAGGUGCAAGCCAUUCUGGAGAAUCCCGUGGUUCAGGCCACGUUGACCACAAAUCUGGUUCUGGCUUUGUUCCUUCCAGAUUUUUGGGUCAUUCUGGCCAUGCAGGGUGACGGCGGCUUGGACAAUGCUCUGGUGAUGAUCUUGGUGAUUUUUGUCUUGGAGUUCAUAGCCAAUGUCGUGGCUCAUGGAGAUCGAUACGUCAACAAGUAUCCUUUCUGGACGGACAUUGUGGGGAUACUUUCGGUGCCCUGGGACCACUCCCUGGUGGCGGACAACUUUGUGGACAUCUUUGAGGGCUCGGGCCUGGCACGGGUGACCAAGUUCGCGAAGCUGAGCGCACGCGCGGUGAGACUUUCCAGGUUGGGGAAGCUGCUGCGCUUCUUUCCUGGCUCGGGAAAGGAGGGCGAAGGAGCCAAUGGUGGACGGGGUCCGGCCAAAGGCAUUUCGGCAGAGCUCAUGUCGAACUUGUCCGUGAAGGUGGCUCUGCUGAUUAUCGUCCUGGUUUUGAUUCUGCCUGUGAUGGACUUCUUUACCUGGCCUCCGGAUGACUUUUCCUUGGAUACCUGGACAACACACAUCCAUUGGAUGGCAAAGACCUAUCCGGAGGAUGUUUCUCAGGUGGUGGAGGACAUGAGGCGCUUCUAUGACGUCUACAGCUAUUUUCCAUUCCAAGUCAUCUACCAUUUCACCAACAACACCCAGGUGAUUCAGGAACUGCAGAAUGCUCGUGCUCCGAUGAGGCUUGAAGAUGUUUUGGUCAUCGCCAAAGAGGACACCACCGUGAAGUUCAACUUCAGGGCUCCGAAGCUCACAGAAGCCAUUCUGAAUGUCUUCGUGAUGAUCGGAGUUAUCUUCACAAUGUUGGUUGCGGCUGCUUGUGUCUCAUCAGCGGUGUCACAUACCGUAUUAUCGCCCAUGGAAGACUUGUUGGAAAUCGUGCACUCGACGGCCAUCCAGAUCUUCGAUUCCGUCGAGCAGAUGGCCAUUUAUUUCGUGAAGGACUACAGUAACCAGCAGUGGCGCCAAGAGAUCGGAUUGGAGGCCAAGGAUGACCACAGGAGUCGUUUCUCCCGUGAAGUAGAGCUUUUGGCCAAGGUUUUAGAGAAGCUGGAUCUGCUGACCAUCAUCGCCAAUGCCAAGCGACCUGUGGACGAAUUUGAGCAGUUGGGCAAUGGCCCUGCGGCCUUCUGUCAAGACUAUGCCACGUACGCAGCUGUACGGCAUCGGCUCACCUUACCUCGACCAGCCGGCCAAUUGGACCUGGAGGAGAUGGAGCACGACAUGUUGAUGCAAACCAUCGGCGCGGAACUGGCUCCUGCGGAGAUCUCACGGCAAGAUUGGAACGCAUGGGACCUGAAUAUUGCGGACCUGAACUCGGCGCAACGACAAUCUCUGGCAAGGUGCUUGAUCGUGAUCUACGACACUUCGCCUGGAUUCGACGAGUACCACGCGGUGCGCGUCACGAAGUACAAGUGCCACUGUGAGUUCAUUAAGGUCGUGGAGAGCCAAUACGAGGAUGACCAGGUGGUCCAGUACCACAACUGGAUCCACGCUGUGGAUGUGGCCUUCACUCUGCGGAGUAUCUUCCAUCGAAUUUCCGCGGAACGCUACUUUGCUACGCAUGAGCGAUUCGCGCUGAUGGUGGCCUCCUUUGCGCAUGAUCUUGGGAAUUCUGGAGUCACCAAUGGCUUUCUGGCCCAGUCCGCCCACGAGUUUGCGCUGGGAUACAACGAUCUGAGCUGUCUGCAGAACAUGUCCUGUGCCAAGCUCUUCCGCAUCACGGGAGAGCCUGAGACUUCGAUCUUCUUGAACUUCAACAAAGCCAUGCAGCGAGAUGUGCGGCAGGUGAUCAUCUAUGCCAUUUUGCACACUGAUCCAGGGCUUCAGUUGGAGCUAUUGGCCGAAAUGUGGGGUCACUACCAGAAUCGCAAGGAACUCUUUGAUUUGGUGCAAGCACUCAGCAGGACAGUCGAGGAGGAGAAUGAGGUCCUGGUGAAGGCGAACAAGGAGGUUGAGGACUACUUUUGGAACGCAGACGUGAAGUACUCCUUGCGGAACUUGCUGGUUCAUGUGGCGGACAAUUCGUACUCCUUGAAGCCGUGGGAUAUUUGUUCCCAUUGGGCCAAUGCUCUUUCUGAGGAGUUCUUCAAACAGGGAGAUUUGGAAAGGAACUACAAAAUGCCCAUGCAACCGCUGAACGACCGCGUGAGGGCGAACGUGGCGCAUGCCCAGAUCGUGAACAUCCAGCACAUCAUUGUGCCACAGACCAAGCUGCUGGUUCAGCUUUUGCCGGAGCUAAGAAGCUGCAAACACCAUAUGUGGCUGAACCUCUGGAGGUGGAUCGUGAAGUGGAAGAGAUCGCGACCAGACCAUGAAGAGCUGCAUCGAGUCCUUCGAGAGGUGAAGGAGUUGCAUGAUGAAGAUGUUCCAGAGGAGGAGAUCCGCGCGUUGGAACACCAAGAGGUGGACGAGGAGGGUGAGGAGCGGCGCGACAACAAGCAGAAGAUCAAGCGGCGCAUGUCCGUGCGCUCUGUGCGCUCGGUGGUGAACCUGAACCCGGACUGA